AUGGCUGUCUACAAUGCCGUUCGAGGCGUGUCCGGUGCGACGAGAAACGACCAUCCUGCCUGUUCAUAUGUUCCAAUCCUCCCCCUUCGCGAACGUAGGGCUGCUACACGCCCCGGAGAGCAAACCCCAUGGGUCGUCCAAAAGUCCACAUCCUUGCCACCUGCCAGGAUUUUUGCAAGGCCAGGAUAUGACUUCCUUGAUCCCUUUGACGCGCUGCCAAUCAAGAUGCCGCUCAAGUCCAAGGAGCUCCUCCACUAUUUCUUACAAGCUGGAGCUACUAUUGGGCCUUUGCCUGUAAACCCAAGCGAUUGUGUCGCUUCAGCCACUCGCAAUCCAGAAGUUUUGCAAAACACAAUGAUAGUAUCAGCUCUUCAUAUGCCAUGA